AUGGCCCCCCAUCAACAGGUCUCGAUCCGCCAGACUUCCCAGCAGACUUUGACAAACUCAAUCCUGCCGAGCAAGCCAAAGCGCAGGACUUAUAUCUCAAGGACUUUAUACAAAGCCAUCGAAUUUCGCGAGACUACCAGCUUCGACAUGUUACUUCUUGCUCAGAAUCUCCUUAUAGACGGUGAGGCAUUGUAUCAGUCUCGAUGCGUUGAUCUUGAAGAGGAAUGGACAGCUCUUCCGGGUGUGCAAGCGUCCGGCAAUCCGCCGUACCCUCUGCAGUUCUCCGCAGAUGAGGUUGCUCGGAUCAACGAAGAUGCCUGUGGGGCCAUCAGAGGCAUGGAAUUAAUGCAGAGCCUAAAGCAAUCGCUAGGUCAGAUGUGGCCCGAAAAAUGUGUUGUCCGGCCUGAGCAAUAUGAUGAUGUAAAAAGGCUCUUAAGGCAAGCGAAAGCGGAUCUGAUUAACCAGCUAGCACAUUCCGAAGCCGAAGUAGUUGCGUGGGAAAAAGCAUGGCCGUUCGAUAGCUAG